GUGGCACGUGUGACGUCAUCCCGGCCGCAGUGGAGCAGUGACGUGGUGAAGAUAAUCAGCUGCAGUGUUUUCUUCACUUUUUAUUUUUUCUGGACGGAGAAAGAGACAUUUUCUUUCUUCUGUCUGUCUAUGAUUUUGAGGCGCAGAAGGACGGAGGAAGCUCUGAGUCUGAUAGUUCUCUCUCGCUCUCUCUCUCUCUCUCUCUCUCUCUGUGUAUAUGUGUGUGCGUGUGUGCGCGCGCGCUGGACUCGGCUAGCUUGUUAGCCACUCUCUGAAACAUCUCCAAACUAAACUCCGGCUUCACACGUCGCUUUAAUCUUCUCUGAACUGAAAAUUAAAAUGGGGCUGACCAUUUCCAGCGUCUUCUCGAGGCUUUUCGGCAAAAAACAAAUGCGAAUUCUUAUGGUUGGCCUUGAUGCUGCCGGGAAAACGACAAUUCUGUACAAACUUAAACUUGGAGAAAUCGUCACGACGAUUCCAACUAUAGGCUUUAAUGUUGAAACUGUGGAGUACAAGAACAUUUGUUUCACUGUUUGGGAUGUGGGUGGCCAGGAUAAGAUCAGACCUCUAUGGAGGCACUACUUCCAGAACACACAGGGUCUCAUCUUUGUGGUAGACAGCAACGAUCGUGAGCGCGCACAGGAAGCUGCCGAAGAGCUGCAGAAAAUGCUUCAAGAGGAUGAGCUCAGAGACGCAGUUUUGCUGGUGUUCGCAAACAAGCAGGAUUUGCCCAACGCCAUGGCGAUCAGUGAGCUGACGGACAAGCUCGGCCUGCAGACGCUCAGGAGCAGAACCUGGUAUGUUCAGGCGACCUGUGCCACUCAGGGAACAGGUUUGUAUGAAGGACUGGACUGGCUUUCCGAGCAGCUGAGCAAACGUUAAGCUACAUUAAUUGGCUCACACGAAGGGGGUGUUUUAACAAAGGACAUGAUCACAUAACUGACAGACAAUGGAUAUACUCACUUAUAUAUGUAUACACAUUAGCUCAUGGCUAUCAAAUUUGCCCCGAAGCAACUUUAGCUUUUUUUGUUUUGUUUUUUUUGAUCGACUGCUUUUAUGUUCUGUUCAUUUCAACAUUUCAGUAAGGUGUGUGUAGCUGUAUGCCUGUUUUAGUUUGAUUUGAAAUAUAUAUGGUGAAUUUCAACACGAAUCAAGUGAUGGGAAUGAGAACUUAUCCUUAAACAUGGGAACAUAUUUAUAUUUAUACAAACAUUUUUUUGCACUCAUUCCAUUUUUAUGUAGCUAAAUUUUGCAUGCAUUUUAAUCUGAGCAGCUUCCUUCAAUAAAUAAUGACUUUAGACCAAACUAUGUAACGCCAAUAUGUAUAAUAACGAGAAGCAGAUGGAUAACUAUGUACUCCGGUGGUUAAAGGGGGGGUUACAGAUUUGUUUUUGUAUGAAAAUUUGAGUUGACUUACUGAUUUAUUUGGCCUUAAUGCAGCUUACUGACUAUGAUGCCUGACUUGACCAUCUCACUAUAUAACCAGCCUUUACCUGCAUUUACAACUGCCUUAAAAUAUGCUCGUUUCCUGCUCUGUGGCCGUUUUAUUUUCAUAUAACAUUCACCUAAAUUGAAAAUGACCAAACGAGAUAUCAGAUUUAUUUGUAUAUACGUGCUGAAAGAAGUGCUUUGAUAUUCCAGUUGAUUUGGGCAUCUGCAAUCAUAUCAGUCCUUUUUUUUGUCCCUUUCUUUUUUUUCUCCAUGAUUUGUUUCUAAUUCCUAUUAAAGCCUGAAAUAAAAUGA